CCAAGGUUCUACCAAAAAUGGUCUUAAGCCCUAAAACUCUAAAACAUGAGACACGGAAACUAUUCCCAACUCCAUGGCACUCUUAAUCCGACCCUUACGAAAAUCCGUGGUUUUUCCUUCUUCUUCCUCCAAAAUCCUAAUUCAGCAAAAACCCUCUUUGCAUUUUGCCCCUGAAAAACAAGUCUCCCUCUUAAACCCCAGGCUCCUACCAACACAAUGCCUAAGAACUUACAUCUCUGAAAUGCUUCUUCAAUCGGCCUUCCAAGCAAACAUUCUCAGACUGUUACGCAAUGAGAUACAAUAUGAAUUCGAUCGCUCUCCUCCUAAUCAGAGACACCUUGGUCAGACUCCCGAAAUGCUUCAAACCCACGAUAUUACAACCAAGGAGACCAUUUUGCUCCAAGGCUCCGAAUACGAACACCAACACAAACUAUAACCAGAGCGGUGGCAAUGCUGAGGAGACAAGUCUGAGUAGAUACCAGGACUCGCUUAAACAACUGGACAAGCUCGACUUCAUGAAAGCUGCAAAAAUCCUCUUCACCAGUCCACCUUCCAAAAAGAAGUUUGGGCUCGAUUUCCAUUUGGUACAACUGUUUUUUGUUUGCAUGCCUUCCUUGGCUGUGUAUCUGGUGGCUCAAUAUGCUCGCUACGAAAUUAGAAGAAUGGAAGCGGAACUGGAGCAGAAAAAGAAGAAAGAAGAAGAAGUGAAAGCAAAAGAAAAAGAAAUAGAACUAAAGGCUGCUGAAGAAAAAGAAGCCUCUAAUCCGGAACUUUUGGAGGUAAGAGUGAGACUAGAUAAACUUGAAGAAACUCUGAAGGAAAUUGUGGUUGAAUCAAAGAAGCAAAUGAAUAGUGGCCAAACAAAAGAGCAUGAAGGAGGAAAUGAGAAGAAAGAUAUUGUAACAGAAGCAAGUAGCCGUAGUAGUUCAGAAUCUAGCAAGCCGGUUGAGAAAGAUCCCCCCAGUAAACAGGAUUCUGCAGAACCAGGGCCAGACCUCAGCAAAGAGUGGGUAGUAGGUCAGCACCCGGUUCCUAAUGCUCGCUUGCAGGAUCAGGAGGGCAAGAACCCAGCAUCUGAAGAUGCUAAAAGAUGAAUUGAAGUUUUUAAAGCUAUUUUCUAUAAUUUUUGGUAUAGCAUAGGCAAGAGGAAACACAUGGAUUGAACAAAAUGAUUUUUAGUUUAGGAGUAUAAUAUGAACUCAAUUGUCUUUUCUUCUUCACCCUUUUCUGCUUGCAAAAUGUAUGCAAGAAAUACUUGCAGAGUUUCUUUCCCCAGUCUUGAUCGCUUUGAAUAUUUUGAGAGCAGACUUUCGUUGCAAGAUGGUUGCUUUCAGACAAUAGGAAACAAUCUAGUGUUUCUGUUCU